GGAGAACGUGACUUGGACAAAUACGCACUCUCUUCUCGUUUCUCCUUUUUCUCGUUUCCUGUUUUCAAAUAAAAAAGGUUCUUUAUGCUGCGAUCGCGCGCAUCUUUCGUCGUCCACGUUCAGCGCCCGUUGUUUGCUUCUGUAAAACGUUUUUUGUUGUCUCUUCUGCAGCUGCUCGACUUCACGUUGCUUGCCCAUUUAUCGAAGAAGCUGCUUUCAUUUUCGCUAGUGCCGUUUCUGUGUGUGUACUUGGCGCAUGUUUUACAAUGGACCGCCGCCCACUGCUGUCCAGCAAUCGAGAGUCGGCACGGCAACCACCACCGCCCCAGCCGCUCCUCCCGCCCUCGCAGGUCGACAACUCCCUCGUAGUCUUCGAGGAUGAUGUAGGCGACGCGGGCAACGGCGCCGGCGCCAGCAGCGAAGCACGUACGUCCAUUUUUGACAGUCUAUCUUUUGCCGCGUGGAGCGACAGCACGGUGCCGGCGACACGCGGAGGUAGCUCCACUUCCCACCUCGUGGCCGCGAUCCUGCGACCCUUCCAGCGACUACACUUUUGGUGCUGCAGAGGCGGGCGCUGUUGCUGCAACUGUCUUCGUCGCUCCGACUCCCUUUCUGCGUCGGAGUUUUAUGAAAACGGCAACGAUGUAUUCACUGGCGGCGCCAACGAUCUCGUGGCGGCAGACGCACUGCGGGGGUCGGGGGUGUCGCAGGGGUCCCACCGCAGCAAAGGAGGAACACCGACGACGAUGCCACACCGAGGUGGCGGCGACGACGACGGGAGGAGUGCCAGUGGGAGUCGCCAACACCGGCAAUACGCACCGCCCCGUUCCCGUUCGUACGAGGCCGCGCUCGGGUCGGCUGCAGCGCCGGCAUCCACGUCACCUCCGGAGCAGACCAAUCUGGCGCAGGAUGCUGCGGACGCACAAAUCGCGGACUCCAUCACGGAGAGCUCCCUUGCCGGCUCCAGCACACCACCGUCGUCGGUUGCGUUUGGCCGUGUGGCGACCACACCGGGGGAGCAGCUCGUGAUGCAGCGAGGCGUACUGAUGCGCAUGACACAAGAUGGCACGUGCAUCCGUGUGGAGGACCCGGCUGGUUUCUACGGAAGUCAGCAGGGCGGCCGUGCCCAGCGGCACUCCCCGCGAACGUUGAAUCCAGAGGGGGAACGGGCGGGUUUGCCAACGACACCUGCUGUGGCAGGGCAGACGUUGCGACUAGAGCAGUCCGGUGUGUCGGCCGUUGACAACAGGCACGAUCCAGAAAGCAGCAAUGCCGUAGAAGGCGCUCUCAGCGCGUACGCCGUAGCUAUGGCCAUGGACGCACUGGAAACUUCACGCCAGCCUCUCCGUACGCUGGAACAACUCUCGUCGAUGUUAAGCGGCCUCGCGCCGUACCUCCCGCUUCGCGUGGAAACGGAGUUAGACCUUAACAGUUCUUCAGCGCUCCCUGCGGAAAGAGCUUCAUCGUCGUUGGGUACUGGCUCUCCGACCACAUCAGCAGCCCCUGUUGUGCCUCUAUGUGUGCACGUACUCGGCCCCGUGCAGUCGUGUCCCACCGCCGCCGCCCUGCGUAUUCUGGAAGAUGUCCUGCUGGAGGAUUGCGACCACAACAAGAUGUGCAUCACUGCGCUGCACUGCGCCGAUCUGGACAUGCGCGGCAUCACCCUCGGCAUGGAGGAAAGGCCCAACCUGGCUGGACGGCAAGAUAACAUCGUGGAGGCGGAGGAGGGCCGGCUGCGAGUUCAGAGCAACGCCUUUUUGGACUUGCUCGUGUCGCCGACAGCAGCAGACACGCGGACGUUCACACAGCGGACCAUGCUCGGCGAUCACGCGAACAAUUCUGCCGUCACCGAUCUCACUGCGGCAGUGGCAUCCACGCACAUCCUCACCUUUCUCAAGAACUUUGUCACGGGACGUGGAUCGCCGCUGGCGACGUUUCAUUUCACACGCUGUUUUGUGGUUCCGCAUGACAUGGGCAGAUUCGUCCCCCUUCCCCUCCGCGCCGUCCGCCGUCUACGCUACGAGCAAUGCUCCCUGACGCCGGCGCACAUCGAUGCAUUGCUGACGCUCGCCCGCCACCAGGAUGGUGAGAAACACGACGGCGCACGCGGAUCAGCGAGGCGAAGUGUUGCCUUUGGCGUGCUGGAGGAGUUGCAGCUGAGCGGGCCUCUCACCUCCGAGUGUAUUUCCGAAUUGCUGGACUACAUCGAAGAGCAGCAACUCUCCGUCACGGAAGGCAGUAGCACUCCGGUAGCCCUGCAUCAACUUAUUUUGCCGAACGCGCUGGUGCGGGCGGCGAAGGAGCACCCAUUUGUUCAGGCGAACUACCAGCGCAUCAGUGUGGUGAGCGCGUACUAG